AUGAAUCAAAUAGAGCUUCUAGGUCCAAACGGAGGAUCACAAAGAGGAACGAACGUAAAGUCGUCCUCUUUCACGAUAGAAAAUUUGUUGAAACCUGAGAAAAAGAGAAGCGGAUCAGAAUGUCCCGUGGAAACGCCUUCCAAGAUAAAAGCACUGUCCGUGGCAGCACAUCUUGCAGGUUUGCAUUUUUCUCUUUCACCUUCCGUUCUUUCAACAGUACGAGUGUGCAGUGAGCUUUUAGGAGAGGGUUGAUUCUGUAAAACUGCCAAUCGAAAUUUGUUUCAGUGAAAUCUAUGCCUUCACUUGCAAAGGAAACUUCAGUGCUGGGUAUGACAUUCAAAAAUGGUGUAAUUGUAGUUAGAAUUAAACAUUAUCCCACCUGGAGACGCUUUCUAUGAUAGCUAAUUGAACUAACAAACUGAUUUAGUAAAUUGUUUUGCCAACCAUCUCCAAAAACGUUUGAGCCACGAUUCUCUAAUGUCAUGCACUUUCUAUUUCUUUUAAAAAUAAAAAUGGUUUAGGCAACAUCAGUUGAUAUGUUUCAUAACAUAGUAACCCUUACUAGUAAACUAUGGUGUAAGUUGGUUAAAUUAGGCCGAUUGUGUGUCCUCCGUUUGUGUAGAUUUUUGUGUUAAAAAGUCUAGACUAGUAACUGAAAAUACAGACGUUAUAACCAUGCGAGUGGUGGAUGUAACCAAAUGGGGCACUGCUAAAUCGCUACAAGAUUUGGUCAAUGAAUAUCAACUUGAAGCUUUUCUUGUCAUCGAAGACUCUCAGUCACAAUAUUGAAUUUGUCCACUGCAGAGGUCAGUACACAUGUAAGUUACUGUCGUUAUUUUAAAACGGACAAAAGUCCAAAUCUUUCCUCUACAUUUCAACACUCAAAAUUCUAGAAUACCACAAACAUGCAUCACGAUAAAUUCCAACACUUCGCCUGUAACCAACGCCGAGUCUUAACGUUUCUCAGUCAAGAUGAUCACUCCUUUAGUCUCGUUUAGGUUUAACAAGGGUAUUCUUAAAACCAUUUAACGUUCAUUUAUAUAAUUAUUGUAGAGCUUUAAGGGUAAUGUUAGUUGUAAUGCCACGGAUUAAUGUUCUAGCGCGGAAGAACUGUUUUACUUGUAGGACACGAAACAAUUAUUUCAAUUCUAGUAACCACCUGUCAUUGGAUUGCUUUGCCAAUAAAACCGGUCUUUACCUCCCAGUAAGAUAAAUGAAGUUUUAAUCCAUCAGUUGACAAGACAAACGGAACCGUUUGAGGCUUUCCACUAAAUGCGGCAACAGACAAAAACAGUGUACAAGCAUGAUGUAAGGGUUUGGAUGUCUAGGUAUAGAAAGAGCUGGGCUGACUACUGAAGAGCGACUACCUUUGCUUAGUGCAGUUAAGAACUGUUCGCGUGUGAAAGAGAAAUGAGCUUCACUAACGGAGUUUCGGUCACAUCAUAAAAACUGAGUAGAAUAAAUUAAUUCUUUUAAAGAAAAUUACUCGGUAGAACGAGACAGGUGAAGAUUGGCCAUUAAUAAAUAACGAUGGAAGCCAUGUCAAGCAAGUGUACAUAUAACCAAGUCCAACCUCAUGCUAACUCUAAGCAAAACAAAUCUUCAGUAUUUGGGAAUUUUGAACUUGAGCAAUUUCUCCUAUCCCUGAGCUAUCGCAAUUCUACUAACACGGAAAUUUUGAAAAACAAGCUUAGGAUUGAAAUCGGCGCCAUGUGUGCUAUAAAUAAAAGUGGUCAGUUGGUUAACUCGAAAUGUGCUUAAAUAAUGAAUGUAGGUUACAUGGCUUAGUCUAACAAAGAUAUACAGUACAUGUAUACCUUUAUAUUUCUAGUUGAAUAUCCAGUACACAAUCUAUAGACAAAUUCUACUCAGACUGACUUAAGGGAUAUUAUUUUCCAAGAAGACAUGUAGAAACGACACUUGUCGCUUGUCUCGGGUCACAUUAGUUACAGACACACACAAGACUGAAUCAAAGGUUUUUUGCAGAAGCAAUCCUUUUCAACGACAACAAGAGCCAUUUUCUUGACGAAAACUAAGUCAAAUAAUGGCAUUGCCCAUUUGAAAAUUGGGGUGAAGCUAUUAGGAAGGGCUUCACGAAAAUUUAUGAGAUGGAAUUUUAACAAAACUAUAUUGUCUGCUAUUUUCUGUACAUGUCAUAACUUUUUACCUAUGAAAGAAGGCUAAAAUGGCUCGAAGAAGAAAAUAACCUAAAUUCCAUCUAGACAACGAUUGUAUAGAGCCGACAUGCAUGAAAUUGAAGUAUUCGUUAUUUGCUGACUGAUAGUGAGGUUAGAUCUUAAGUCACAUUGCAAACACUGAAGAAACUCAACGAAAGCACAGAAGAGGAACUGUGAAUUCUAGGGAGUGCAUGGUUUAACAUACACCAGGAAGCUUGCUUUGUGAAAAGAAUAAUGGACCUUGGCCCGCUUUUAUCGCAGUUAUCACAAAUAACCAAAUGUCCUGUAAACUUAAGUCAUAAACUCAUACACGCCGUACUCCUAACACGUGCAAAGAUGGCAAACAAAGCCAUGUUAUAAAUUCAAACUAGCAAUUACUGGACUCUCUUAGAUAGCAAACAGGAAAAAGGAAUCGAUUGUAAUUUUAGCACUUUAGGUGAAGGAUAAACAUUCAUCCAACACUACAUCCAUGGAUCUGUUUUGUUAUCAUUGCAUAGGUCACGAUACAUCAUAUAAGUUGCCAUUUGUACGUCCCUAUGUUUCCUUAAUUACUUCUGUUUAUUGUCUGCGUACUUUGAAAAGGUUCAGCGAGAACCUCGUUUCAAUGCUUUACGGUCAGUUUUUGUAUUGUUUUUUGCAACAGUUUUUGAUACUGAAGUAGUCAAGCUAAGUAUCAUUGAUUAUCAAGCUAAUCAAGCCAUUAUUUCUUUGAUUCAGAUAUCAUACUGGAGGCUCAUCAUGGCUCUUCUGUUCCACAGUGUCGGCGCACGCGCACUGCCUUCAAUCGUCGUCAGUUACGUGUCUUGGAAAGUACCUUUCUUAGAAAUCCAUAUCCUGAUGUGGCUCUGAGAGAAGAGCUUGCUUCCUUAACAAAUCUACCCGAAUCGAGAGUACAGGUAUAUUUCGACUCUUCCUUUUGUGGAGGAAGCGUGGCCGUGCGGUUAGAGCGCUGGACUUGUAAUCUGGAGGCCCCGAGCUCAAGUUCGGCCCUAACCGCUAGCUGGAUUUGUUCUCGGUAGUCCGAAGUUCAAAUCCUCGGCCACCCUUGUAAAUAGCCAGCUGGUUUGCCUCCUACCAGUUGGGAUUCUUAACCCUAUUAUGUCCCAUUUGAAUAAUUGAUUCAUUAUCCCUGAAAAGCCCCAUAAGGGGAGAUGACAAUCAUUAAUUAUUUAAUUUUUUCUUUCUUGAGUUACAAUAGCAAUUCAUUUGUCAGUAGUAUAAGACACUCACUUUGAAUAGCAUUUCACACUAUACUGUAACAUUAAAUUUUUUAUUGUUUCUGUUUCGUUUGACAGAUUUGGUUCAAGAAUAGAAGGGCAAAGUUUAGAAGGGACGGGAGUAGUUGUAAUUCCGGUGCAUCAUUUCCAGUUCACUGUCCAUCUUACCAACCAUUUCAAGGACACUCUAACACAGCAACAGAUCAGUCUAUGGUGUUUUCAAAUCACGAGAGACCCUUAUCUUUGACGAACAAUGCUUACCAUCAAAAUCGAGUGAUACAAGGGAAUCGCACAAGUGCUUUCCAUCACCCACAACGAAAUUCCAAUAGUUAUCCUACCUUUGGAACUUAUGUUUAGGAAAUUUCAGAUUUCUGGGAUAAUCAUGAGCAUCCAUUUUCCAUCAUUGGUUCAAUUGCACCUCCACUGGCACUGCAAGGAUAAUGAAAGUCAACCACUGAAGAUCGAGUCAAAAAAUCUAUUUUGGUUUUAUGUUUGCUUCUAAGGAAUUUACGGAGCUAUUCCGCAGUUUUUUUAAAAGGACUUUUAUAACAAACUAAUUUUGAAAAUCAUUGGUUGAUUUUAGUGUUUUCUACAGCAAUAAGGUCUUUGUACUAAAACUUUCAUUACGCAUUUGCUGUAUUGAUAUCGCUGAUAUGACGCACCCUGCGAUCGACUGAAGUAUUGAAUAAAAACUAUAUAAAAGAGUCAUUAUUUGCGUCACCUUUUUCUCGAGUACCAGUUUGCCGCAUUUUACAUUACUUUAAAAAGUUACAUGUACAAAGCAAUACCACCAAUGAAUCUUUAUAACGCACUCAAUAGAGUGAGGACAGUCAAAGGGUCUUUAGGUUAUCAAGGAAGCCUAUACAAGAAGACUAAAAACUUAUCCUCAUUUCUUAACAAAACAGGUGACCAUAGCUCAUACCUGAAAUGUUCCGGUAGAUACUGUUUUAUUUUUUAUGUUUAGGCAAGACGUUCUCGUUGCCUGUAGCACUACCGCUCACAUUCCUAUCAUCCCCAAUGACCUUAAAGAAACCUUAGGGGACGAACAUUUUAUUUUAAGGGGAAGGGGAGGGGAGAGAGGGGGGGCGGCAGUACCACUUUAACAGGACCAGUUUUAAGAGUUUGAUGGUGAGGUUUCAUAAUGAUUCACUGAUGAAGUUAAAGGUUGUCGAAGAUGAAGAGAAGUCAGCUGUACCACAAAAUAUUCAUAACAAGAAAAUAAAACAGAACGGGAGUCACUGAACUCUAGUUAACUGCAUAGGCUAAUUUUUCUUGUAGUUCGACAGAUACGCUGAUUAAUCUCCUAAUAAGGAGACUUUGUGUAUGCCAGUGAUCCUAAAGCGACCUUUCAGCGAUGUUUUAGUGGCUAAUACGUCAGUCUUGACAGAAAAUGAUAAAUUGCUUUUCAACUGAGCGCGAUAGCAAAAUACAUUUAUUUACAUACGUAAAACAUGCAGCUCGCAUAGAGAGAUAAACUCGGCAAAGGAACAGAUUUUAGAAUCUCUGUAGAUAACGCCUGGAAAUCAAUAGAAGCAAUCAUUACCGGCUUGCGUUCGGCAUCUUUCACAACGUUUAUUAGUAUGUGACCUAACUGUACAAAUAAAUUAUCUCCCGUUGCCUUGGAUAAUAUCUAACCUUUGUAAUAGCGUGUAUAUAUAAGGUUAUAAUAAAUGUCUUCCUUUUUAGUCCCUAUGUAAACAACAGUUGUGGUCCUCGAACUCAAAAAGCACAGAAAGAGUGAACUAGUAUAUUUUCACUUAAAUCUCGCAAUCAGAAGCCCGUCCACCACAUAUAAAUCGAAAGAGCAAAACAAGAAUGGUAUAAGUAACAAAAUACAAAAAGAGAAGGGGUAAAAGUUAAUUUGAGCAUUGUAUAUGUUACAACUGAUAUUUCAUAUGUUACUAGAUUGAAAUCGUUCCAUGAGAAGCAAACAAAGUACUGGAUAUCAUUCUCAGUUUACCAACUACUUUAGCAUGUGGUGACAUGCAAUUAAACGUUACGCCAUAGUACACUGGGAUUGUCUAGCCGCGUGUUGAAAGAGCUAAGUCAUAGAAGCUGGUCCCAGAUACUUGCGCAAAACCAGCACCCCUUACCAGAAUUUGUUUUGAUGGGAGAAUCGGCAGAGGAGUUGCCCUUUUCAGUGGCAAACAUCUUGAAGCUUGAUUUACCAAUAUCGGAGGUUACGAAAAAGGGCCAAUCCUCUCUCAAUGCAAACAAGGCGCUUACUCUCGCUAAACGAAUCGCAGGUAAGUUUUAUUUCUUUGGAGUUAAGUCUUAAUACGCGACAACGACAACCAGAACAUCUAUACUACUAAAUGAAGCUAAAUGACUUAAAUUUCUUAAGUUUAAUGAUGCAUGCAUGUUCUAUGGCUGAUGCACAUCUAUCAAAACUAGAACUCUUCCCAUCCUGAAACAUAUAAAAUAAAAUAAAAUGUUGCAUUCCCUUGAAUCGAUAUAUUUAUAUUACAACUCAGCCAUGCGUUAUGUUCCCCGGCUAAUUAUUGGGCUACAGUCGCACUUUUCCCUAUAAGAUUCAACUGCUUUCAUGCGAAUACGUAUGUUUUUGAGAGAAUACAAGCUUUUUAAAAAGCUGGCCUUUUUUGAAAACAUUCUGGCCUUUUUCUUGCGAUCCGGCAUUAUUGAAUAGGCUUGGUCAUAUCUUUAUACACACCAACUGAAUUUUUUAAAACUUCCAUGCAAAAUAUGGUCAGUUCGAUAGACGAAAAAAAGACAAAGAACGUUUAACAGUUCCACGGUAGCUCAAUAUUACAUUGAAGGUCCUGAUGGAGACUUACUCAAAUAGCUUUGUUCUUGGGUAUCUUUAGAAAUUCAAUGGAUGAAAAGCUUUUUAACGUGGGUCUAUAUAAGAAAUGUCAAGAAAAUGAUUUACAAAAUAUUCAAAUAGUAUUGAGACAGGAGACUGAGUUGUGCCUUAGAUCAAACUCUAUAUUCAGUUUUAAAAAGUUGUGUUUGAACAAAAUUUUAACGGAAAACUGCUCUUCAUUAUGUAAUCACUACGCUUUGGAGCCUGAUCCACUUAAACCUCUCCACUUUUUUAUUCAGCGGGCGUUACAUCAUAAUGGGCGGAAAGUCAAAUCCCUCCUAAGUAGUGCUGAUCAUAAAUGUAAAUGACUAUUGACAGUGAAUGUGUUUCAAACCACUACUUAGAGUUUAUCGCUUCUAGGAAAGCCAGGUAUACUUGUGGCACUAUAUAAUACAAAACAGGCACAUGUGAUUUCUUCUCUCGGGCAGCGCAACCACGCCGAAGAUACACUCUAAUCAGUAUGAUAACUAACUUCCAAACAUCUGCCUUACAUUAUAGAAUUGACUACCGCUCAGUAGGUUGAGCGAGGGUCGCUCAUUAUAAGAGUCGUCGGGCUAGGAAUUCUUAGAGAUUUAGAACCCAUACACUUGAAAUGAACUCCUACAAGACAAAUAUCAAAUAUUGCUCCCAAGUUAUUUUUCUGGCUUGUCACUGACGAACAGUAUUUCAAAAUAUACUAUUGAGUAUUCUACUCAGCACCACCAAUUCAUUGUGUUCGAGGUACCCUACUAAGUAUCAGUACGGUACAUUAGCAAGAAUACAGUAUAGUAGCGAGAUUAUAUUCUCUUUCAAAUUCAGUCACUUGAUGGAAUGGACACGAUUUUAAUGAUUACAUUCCAAGUCAGGCAUUCCCUGUCAGGUUAUAAUUAAUUGCCUUUGAGAGGUGGAAGGAUGAUAACCUCGAAUCCUUUUAAUUAUUUCGCAAUAUGCAAUGUACAGGUAAAAUGAUUAAAUAUAAAGAUAAAUUUAACAAUUUAUCAAUAUGGCAUCGGGUAAACGUUCCACAAAUGGGAGGGGCAAAAAGGGUUCUAUACGGCCGGGUACCUUCAUUCUUUCUUUAUUCAUUCAUUUGCUUCAUCACGCAUUUAAUGGUUCACUCUUUUCUUUCAUUGUCUGUAUAUACCACUCUUUUCAGUUUACCAUUUUUCCAAGAAAAUAAAAGAAUACUGUUAGAAAAAAUACUCAGUGCUAACUUAAAGUCAUUUGAACAUUUUUUAGACGUGAUUAUGGAAGCAAAGAACAACGCAAAGGGUGGGGGACAGAAGCGCCGCCGUACGCGUACAGCCUUCUCUCACUACCAAUUGGCGACAUUGGAAAAUGCAUUUUCACAUAAUCACUACCCAGAUGUGGUGAUGCGUGAGCAGUUAACAAUAUGGACUGGGUUGCCCGACUCUACCAUACAGGUAUGAAGAAUUUGAGGCCAACAGCAUCGGAGUAGGUAAAUUUUCCGUUUUGCAGUGAACACGAAACAAAUUUCCUUGACUGGGUAAAAUAUAUGUUUUUGAAAACUUCAAUUGCUAUUGUAAUCUCUGCGUUCUUCGGAACUUCGCUUAGUUUAGUUUUCAUUCACGUUUUAUAAAUUAUUAUGAUCCAUGACCGUUUAAGAAUUAUGAGAGUAACUGCUCCGUUUAUGAGCCAAUUUUAAAAAACAUUAUGUAAUGAACGAGUGAAUGAACGAAAAAAUACGAAUGAAUAAAUGAAUGAAGGAAGGAAGGAAGGAAGGAAGGAAGGAAGGUGGGAGGGAAUGGACGAACAUUAUCGAACCUACAAUCAGUAUGCAUGAAAAUAACGGAACUUAAUAGGCAUUGUUCAAAGUCGAAUUCUUCCUGACCACGUUUAGCCCAUCAUACCUUAUAUAAUAUGUUUAAUUUUACGUAAUAAAAUUCUCAGAAAAUCCGCUUUCACUGCCGAUCUGUCUAAAAACAUGAAAGGUAACCGCUAGGAAGAAUUUUUACCCUUUACUAAAAGUGUUUUGUCAUAACUGCAGAUUUGGUUCAAGAAUAGGAGAGCCAAGUUCCGCAAGGAAAAAAAAUGUUCUAUGCUCGGUGUGGACAAAGAUCAGGGUGUCGAAGAUUCAAAUAGUACGGGAAUAUCAAUGCGACCAGCUCUCCGCCACGCGGGUGUACCAUCGUGGUCAUCUCUGUUACCUGCAGCACAAGACAACAGAGCUACUACCGUGGAGCAAAACCAGCUCCAAAAACCACUACCUUCCAGUGGCGGAUCCAGGGGAGGGGCCCGGGGGGGGCCGGGCCCCCGCUUAUUUUUAGACUAA